UUGAUUUUUCCCUUCAGUCAGUGACAGAAUAGAGGAGUAAACAAACAAAAAGACCUGUACAAUGGCAAUUUGAUUAUAUAUUUGUUAAUUUAUCGACGAACGGCGGCUAAAGCUUUACAGCGACAUCAACAUAUUUGCUAAUUAGCGAGUUAGCUUUUUAAUCCGCUAGAGUUGCUUUUGGAUUUCUUCCGUACAGUUGUGACAAAAUGGAGAGUAACCUGUCCAGACUUCUUGUUGGACUUUCUGUACAGAUAAGUCGCAGUGAUGGUCGUGUGCAUUUGGCCACGGUGAAAUCCGUUGAUACCGUCAAGUCCACCGUUAUGGCGGAGUGGUAUGAGAGGAAAAUGUGCCGAGGGAAGGAGGUUGAAGUGAGUGAGUUAUGUACACUCAAUCCAGAGCUCUUGGACCAUAUAAACGCUGUCACCAACACAGCUAUUGGCCUGCCCACACCUGCUGCAGACAAGAAGUAUGAAGGGCGACUGCGUUCAUCCAGAAUUCCUGGCCCUAUCUCGUCCACUACUCCGUCUACAGCUGCCGCAAAGGCUGAAGAGUCAGUUGCCACUCGGUCUCAGGCCCGGCAGACGUGCUUGUUCCAGGUCCCAGCCCCUGUUUCAGUGCCAGUCCGAAGCACAGAGUCUACGAUGGCAAACUCAGAGGCAGCCCAGCCUGAUCUCCCCCCAUCAUUAGUCCUCACAAACUCUGCCAUUCCUAAUCAGCAGCGCAGAAAGAAUGAUUCUAAACUGGCACCAUUGUUGCCGAUAGUCCGUGACAGCAUAAAAGAAAAUGAUGAACCUGAGAGAGUACCUUCAUCUGCAAACAAAGGUCGAAGAAAAUCUGUGGCUCCCCAAGAAAACAACAAAGGCAACAAAAGGCUGUCUUGUCUUGUAAAGCCCCCCGAUGUGCAGACCAAGAGGGGAAAGUUUGGAGAGGCUUCUCGACCAAACCAGAAGUUCUAUGAAAUGAUCCAGGAGUUCAGAGAGACCUUGGAAAUAACCCCUGUGUCAGCUAGUGACCUGAUUGAGCCUCACAGGAUUUGUGUGUGUGUUCGUAAGCGGCCACUCAACAAGCAAGAGGUUAAUAAGAAGGAGAUCGAUGUGGUGACUAUACCUGGAAAAGGUGCAUUACUGGUCCAUGAACCCAAACACAAGGUGGACCUCACCAAGUACUUGGACAACCAAGUCUUCCACUUUGACUACUCCUUUGAUGAGACUGCCACCAAUGAACUGGUUUACAAGUUCACAGCCAAACCUUUGGUGCAGUCCAUUUUUGAAGGUGGGAUGGCCACAUGCUUUGCCUAUGGCCAGACUGGAAGUGGUAAGACUCAUACAAUGGGAGGUGAUUUCACAGGGAGGCAGCAGAACAGCGCUAAAGGCAUCUAUGCCUUAGCAGCCCAGGAUGUUUUCACCUACCUAAAUCAUCGGAGAUAUGCUCAUCUGGAACUGUCUGCAUACGUCAGCUUCUUUGAGAUUUACAAUGGCAAGGUAUAUGACCUGCUGAAUAAGAAAGCCAAGCUCCGUGUUUUGGAGGAUGACCGGCAGCAGGUCCAGGUGGUAGGCCUGGAGGAGAUCUACGUGUCGACGGCAGAAGAUGUCAUCAAGAUGAUAGAGAUGGGCAGCGCAUGCAGGACAUCAGGUCAGACCUCGGCAAAUGCCAACUCCUCUCGCUCCCAUGCAAUCCUCCAGAUUGUUCUACGGUGCAAUGACCGCGCAUCCACGCUACACGGCAAAUUUUCGCUGGUCGAUUUGGCUGGCAAUGAGCGCGGCACGGAUGUCAGCAGCAAUGACCGCAGCACUUUGGUUGAGACCGCCGAAAUCAACCGCAGCCUUCUUGCUCUGAAGGAGUGUAUCCGUUCACUGGGAAUGAACAGUGAUCACAUUCCUUUCCGGAUGAGCACUUUGACCAAAGUCCUCAGGGAUUCCUUCAUUGGAGAGAAGUCUAGGACCUGCAUGAUUGCCAUGGUGUCUCCAGGCAUGGCAUCAUGUGAAUAUACAAUGAACACACUACGUUAUGCUGACAGAGUGAAGGAGCUGAAUGGCCAUUCCAAAGGGAGCAGAGCCCCAAAGGCACAAGAGCCAAUAAAUAGCUCGUCAGAGGAGGAAUCUGUUGUGGAUACCAGUGUGUAUGAUGCCAUAUCUCAGGUGGCAGAACUGGAGGAGAAAGUUUAUUCAGAGCUCAAGAGGGCCGGUGAACUUGUAAAUGCAAUGGACCAAAUCUCGUACAACAUUGAGGCAGGGCUUCCUGACCUGAUGGAUCAUUCCCGGAAGUUACUGGACACAGUUCUGGCUUUGCAGUCUGCUGUGGAUCAGGAGCGAAUGGCGAGACUGAACCACUGAAACCGGCCCAAAAACCCACCCAGAAGAGCAAACCAUUUAUUGAAAGUCUUGUCUGUUUCAAGUCUGUUUCUUCGGUUUUAUUGUUUUGAUCACUCUGUUAUUAAAUAAAAUGUAUGAACACUA